GGAAGAUAUGAGAGGCAUGUUUUGACAUGUGAACGCAAUUUAGCCACGAGAGCUCAAUAGAAAACAAUCUGUUUCUUCUUCCCCAUCAACCAUCUUUGUCUUUAACAUCGAGUCUCAAACUUCAAUUUUUCUUCUUUCAUGAAAACUAUAUACCCUAGCCGGUAUGGAGUUGCGUCACUGAAAACCCCUCCUCACCACCACCCAUACCCGGCCACGUGGACUUCCCUCCAAGUCCACUCUCAGUCUCCACAUCACUAACUAUAUCCUCACGGACCUCACCACACCCAUCAUCAGCACACCAUCACAAUGGGCCUCGCCGAAACCCAGAACAAGUCCAACCUCGUCGGAUUCUCCAACUUCGUCCGGUCCAACCCCCGCUCCGAUCGCUUCAAGGUCAACCGCUUCCACCACAUCGAGUACUGGUGCACCGAUGCCACCAACGCCGCCCUCCGCUUCUCCUGGGGCCUCGGCAUGCCCAUGGUAGCUAAGUCUGACCUCUCCACUGGCAACCAAACCCACGCCUCCUAUCUCCUCCGCUCCGGCGACCUCUCCUUCCUCUUCACCGCCCCUUACUCCCCCACCCUCUCCGACCCGACCCGGCCCGCCUCCACCGCCUCUAUCCCCACCUUCGAUCACUCCUCCUCACGCGCCUUCUCCGCCAAACACGGCCUCGGCGUCCGCGCCAUCGCUAUCGAGGUUUCCGACGCCGACCUCGCUUUCCACGCCAGCGUCUCCCACGGCGCUAAACCCGCGUCCCAACCGAUUCUCCUCGACAACCGCGUCACAAUCGCCGAGGUCCAACUCUACGGCGACGUCGUUUUGCGGUAUGUAAGCUACAAAGACCCGGCCCAGCUCUCCGACCCGAACCCGGACUCGUGGUUCCUCCCCGGGUUCGAGCCGGUCCCCUCCUCCUUCCCCCUCGACUUCGGCCUCCGCCGCCUCGACCACGCCGUCGGCAACGUCCCCGACCUCUCCGCCGCCGUGGCCUACGUGAAAGGCUUCACCGGGUUCCACGAGUUCGCGGAGUUCACGGCGGAGGACGUCGGGACGAGCGAGAGCGGACUGAACUCCGUCGUUCUGGCCAACAAUGACGAGACGGUGCUGCUUCCGAUGAACGAGCCGGUGUACGGGACGAAGAGGAAGAGCCAGAUUCAGACGUACCUGGAGCACAACGAAGGCGCCGGACUCCAGCACCUGGCUCUGGUCAGCGGAGACAUAUUCAGGACCUUGAGGGAGAUGAGGCAACGCAGCGGAAUCGGAGGAUUCGACUUCAUGCCGGCGCCGCCGCCGACGUAUUACCGGAAUUUGAAGAAGAGGGCCGGCAAUGUGUUGACGGAUGAGCAGAUCAAGGAGUGUGAGGAGUUGGGGAUUUUGGUUGAUAGGGAUGACCAGGGUACUCUGCUUCAGAUUUUCACUAAGCCUGUGGGAGAUAGGCCGACGAUAUUCAUAGAGAUCAUACAGAGAGUUGGGUGCAUGCUUAAGAAUGAUAAAGGGGAGGUUUACCAGAAGGGUGGAUGUGGUGGGUUCGGCAAGGGUAACUUUUCGGAGCUCUUCAAGUCCAUUGAAGAAUACGAGAAGACACUUGAAGCCAGGCAAAUUGCAGAGCCGGCAGCUGCGUGAUUUCAGGUUUGUCCAUGGUGCUGUAUAAAUAAGGUAGUUGCUGAAGCCAGGUUGGUUGUAACUUGUACUCAUUAGUCUUUAAGGUUGGUGUAUAAGCAAGUGCCCUGUCGUGUAUGACAAGCUUCAUGGUUGGUACCUAUUGAAUUAUGUACAAUGACCUGCAUUGUACUCUAUGAAGUAUAUUAUUGAUGAACUGGGUGCCCAUUCUGGUCAUGUAUGUAAAAUAUUUCAAAGAUGAAUAAAAGUCCAUAUAUUAACUUCCUCUA